AUGCCUAUCCCAGGCUUUCUCGUAAGAGGGAAAGUAAGAAGAGAUCAUGGCGGUGAAGGUGUAAGGGCCAGCGAUAUCGGCGGCUACGGCGUGCGUGCUCCUGUGCUUGGAGGAGAUGGGGGCGGAGUACCAGCUGGUGUGCCCGUGGACUUGUUUCACUCGCGAGCAAAAGUCCCCUCACCACCUUGCCGGAAACGUAAGCGAAACCAAACCUCCCCCCGCGUGAUUCUUGCAGCCCUUUGGCCUCGUGCCGGUCUUGGAGGACGGAGACCUUUUGCUUUUUUGUUUGCUAAUGCUUUUCGAGGAAAAAUCUUGAACUCAGAAUCAAGAGCUAUCUCGAGGUACGUGCAGCGCAAGUACAAAUCGUCAGGGCCGGACCUGCCGAGGGAGGGCAGCUUGGAGGAGUCGGCAAUGGUGGACUUGUGGUUGGAAGUGGAGGCUCAGCAAUAUGAGAAAGGCAUCUUGCCUAUCUUCUUUCAGAUCAUGGUGGUCCCUGUCCUCUACGGCGAUGUCCCGGACGAGAAGGUGGUGGCGGAGGGCGUGGAGAAGCUCGUCAAGGUGCUCGACGUAUACGAGGCCCGGUUGUCCCAGUCCGAGCACUUGGCCGGGGAUUUGUGUCCAAGCUUUGCAGGUUGGUCUUUUGACAGAGAUUGCAGAAAAUUAAUUGAAGGGACAGAGACUGUCAGGUAGCAAGAUGAGCGGAUUGACCUGAACUCAAUCUCAUUUGUGUUGCACUUGGUGAUCAGAUCAUUCAAUAAAUUGAUGAAUUACAAUA